AUGAUGACCGCUAUUCUCCGAAGAGCUUCUUCAACACUCUCAAAGCGUGCCAUCCCCGCUGCCGAAGCACUUCUCUCCUCCACCGCUUUCGCCGAGCUCAGACAACUCACCGUCUUCCCAGCCAGGUCCUUCCACUCCAAAUCACAACCCUUGCUAUUUCGUGCCUCUUCGGCUUCUCACGCUAGUUACGCCGCCGAAGCUCUUCCAUUUGAGGAACAGUCUAAAGUGACCGGCGAUGAUGGUCUUGAGAUCGCGAAGCUUGGGAUUUCUUAG